AGCCCCCUUUCACUGGUAUAAGGUCCACACCUCUGGAAGAGGAGGAUUGCAGAAACUGCCUUCUCACUCUCAGACAUCAAACUACAGACCCAGUUUUCUCCAGCGGAGGGCGGUCAUCAUGGCUCUGAAGUUCCUGGUCCUGUUGUCACUGUUGGUCCUGGUCGAGGUCCAGCCUUCCCUGGGCAAGGAAUCUGCAGCCGCCAAGUUUGAGCGGCAGCACAUGGAUUCCAGCACUUCCUCUGCCAGCAGCUCCAACUAUUGCAACCAGAUGAUGAAGAGCCGGAACCUGACCCAAGAUCGAUGCAAGCCAGUGAACACCUUCGUGCAUGAGUCCCUGGCCGAUGUCCAGGCCGUGUGCUCCCAGAAAAAUGUUGCCUGCAAGAAUGGGCAGACCAAUUGCUACCAGAGCUACUCCACCAUGAGCAUCACAGACUGCCGUGAGACCGGCAGCUCCAAGUACCCCAACUGUGCCUACAAGACCACCCAGGCAGAGAAACACAUCAUAGUGGCUUGUGAGGGGAACCCAUACGUACCAGUCCACUUCGAUGCUUCAGUGUAGGUCUCCAUCUGAGGCCAGAGCAGCAAGAUGCACCGCUUCACCACAAAGGCACCUGCCUCUCCCCCCCGCCCCCACCCCACCGUGUUUCCUUGCCCUGGGGGCAAUAGCUCAAGUUAGUUAGGGCUCUUAUCUCUGUGCACCUUACCCGAAACACACAUACAGGAUUCCCUGGCAUGAGGGCAAUAACUCAAGCUAGUUGAGUCUUCUAUCUAACCCACACUUGCUCCCCUGGCCUGCGUCUUGCCCCUGGUGGUUUGGGGGGUGAGGAGUGGGUUGUGAGAAGGGACCUGUGUUAACCAAAUCACUGCUUCUUUCAAUAAAACAUACUUGCAACCACCUGAA